AUGGUCGGCGCACGCCACUUUGAGCACGGCGCCCGGCACGGAUUUGGCAAGUACCAAUGGAUCGACGGCGAGGUGUACCAAGGCGAAUGGGCCCACGACCGGCCGCAUGGCAUCGGCGUCUGGUCCAGCGACGACCGCUUCUUCCAUGGUGGUUGGCGCCGCGGCGUGCCGCACGGACCGGGCGCCUACGUCGACCAAGUGACAAAAGAAGCGACGUAUGCCGAGUUCUCGCUCGGCACGAGCGCAGACGGCCGCCUUGUGUUACCCGAGCUCCUCCUCGACGCAUAA